GGGGAUCAGGAAUUAAGCCCUUCCUGGACCGCUUUGGGGAGCGCUGUGGGGAGCGCAGCGCGCGGAGCCCUGCUGCGAAUCCCCCGGGGGGCAGGACACCCGUCGUUACCCCAAACACAAGGACAAUCCAGGAGAGGCUUCUCAAACAGAAUGAAAAUUCCUCUACUGCCAGUUUAGCCCUUCAGCUGAAGCAGGAACGUGAACGAGAGCUCGCAUGCCUUCGAGGCCGCUUCGACAGGAGCAACCCCUGGAGUGCAGAGAGAAGUGAAACUUCAAAGAGAAAACUUCCAGAAGCUAAAAUGGAAAGCCAAUCUCGGACUAGUCCAAAACGUCCUCUCAGUUCAGAUGCCACUGCUUUUGGGUCAGCAGAAGAGACACCAGCAGGUGACAGGCCAGCAAAGUCUCCCAGCAUGGAGUCUUCAGAUGCUCCUAAAUGUGAAGAGCCUGACAAACCCAGUCCUCUGAAGAACAGUCAGCCAAAGAGCCCUGUAAAAGCAACAUCUGUCUCAAAACUUGAACAGCUUGCUGAGAAACCAAAAGAUGAAGUACAUGAAAUCGAAAUGAGUGUGGAUGAGGACAUGGAUAGCUCAAGAGUGAUAAAUGAAAUCUUUGAAAUUCUUCAAGAGGAUGGUCCAGACAUUGAAAAGCUGAAGAAAGAAAUGAGCCUGAGCCUGGAAGGUGAAAGUGAUGAGGAUGAGCAGGAAGAGUCUCUGAAUAUUUCAUCAAUGUCUCUAUUAACCCCUCUGGUGGAAUCUGUUGGUCCAGAGGCUUUUGUUUCUCCUUCCAAGUCCACCGGCGAAGGCAGCAGCGUCAGUGAUGCGAGUCUGAAGUCGGAGAAGUUCCAGAGGACUAAAGUCCCCAGGGCAGAAUCUGGAGACAGCCUUGGCUCUGCCUCAGAAGAUCGCAACCUCCCAUACAGCAUUGAUGCCUAUAGAUCUCAAAGGUUUAAGGAAACCGACCGGCCUUCCAUCAAGCAAAUCAUUGUUCGCAAAGAAGACGUUGCCUCCAAGCUGGAGAUGAAAAAGAAUGGCCCCUCUGAUCAAGUCAAUAUCAAAAAGAAAAUGCAGGAGUUGAAUAAUGAGAUCAACAUGCAGCAGACAGUGAUUCAUCAAGCCAGUCAAGCUCUGAACUGCUGUUUUGAUGAGGAACAUGGAAAAGGGUCACAAGAAGAAGCAGAGGCAGAGAGACUUCUUCUCCUUGCAACUGAGAAGAGAACUGCUUUAUUGGAAGAGCUGAAUAAACUGAAGAGUGAGGGACCCCAUGGUAAAAGAAACAAAGCUGCUCCUCCAUCCACUGAAUUUGCUCCCUCCAAGGGAUCUGUUUCCAUUUCAGAAAUGCGUCUACCUCUAAAAGCAGACUUUGUAUGUGGGACUGCUCAAAAGCCAGAAGCAGCAAAUUACUACUAUGUAAUAAUACUGAGAUCUGGAGCAGAGAACAUGGUUGCAACUCCAUUAGCAAGUACUGCCACCUCCCUCAAUGGAGAUGCUCUUACCUUUACUACAACGUUUACUAUGCAUGAUGUGUCAAGUGACUUUGAAAUAAAUAUAGAAGUGUACAGUUUGGUGCAACGAAAAGAAGCCACGAGCACUGAUAAAAGGAAAAAAGCAAAUAAAUCUAAGGUUAUUACUCCAAAGAGAUUAUUAACAUCUAUAACCUCUAAAAGCACUCUUCUUACUCCAGCCAUGGCCAGUCCAGGAGGCCCUAACUCUGUCCGCACUACGAAUUUCAUCCUUGUGGGGUUCCACAAGCUGUCCCUGUCUUCUGUAGGACAUGCCAAGUUUGCACUGGACAAGGUUCCCUUUUUGUCUCCUUUGGAAGGUCAUAUAUAUCUGAAGUUAAAAUGCCAGGUGGACUCUUCUGUGGAGGAGAAAGGGUUCUUGACUAUGUUUGAAGAUGUUAGUGGAUUUGGAGCGUGGCACAGGCGCUGGUGUGUGCUGUCUGGAAACUGCAUCUCUUACUGGACCUACCCAGAUGAUGAAAAACGAAAGCAUCCUCUGGGCAGGCUGAACUUGGCUAACUGCACCAAUCACCAGAUUGAACCUGCCAACAGGGAGUUCUGUGCCCGACCCAACACCUUUGAGCUGAUAACUGUCCGGCCUCAGAGGGAAGAUGACAGGGAGACACUCGUCAGCCAGUGCAGAGACACGCUCUGCGUCACCAAGAACUGGCUCUCUGCUGAUACUAAAGAAGAACGUAACCUUUGGAUGCAGAAGCUCAACCAAGUCCUCGUUGACCUCCGCAUGUGGCAGCCUGAUGCCUGCUACAAACCUAUUGGAAAGCUUUAAACUCUGGGAGGGAAACAGGAAGAGAAGAUGUAUGCAAAAACCUGCAUGAACUA